CAUUCUACGUUGUUGACACCUGUUGAAAACUUUCAAUACCUCGAAAAUUGUUACACAUUCGUUAAAAAUUUCUAAAUCCCGUCUCUCUCUUCUUUUUAUCCUCAUUUUCUCGGAUUCUGCAUAUUUUUUUAAAGAAGGUGAAAAAAGACGGCACCUUUCUUGGUUUAUGUAUGAGAAGGGAUACAGAAGAGGAUCAGGAUUGUGUUAAAUGAGAGAAACAAAUACUCUUGGCUUGUGUUCUGAGAAUAUGUUGAUUUUUGGUGGUGGUGCCGGCGGCGGUGGACGGCCGAGGAUUAGUGAGUCGAACGAUAUACCGGUGGAGCUGUUGUUGAGGAUUAUUUCUUUGGUGCAUGAUCCGACGGUGGUUGUGGCUUCUGGGGUCAGGCAUGGAUGGAGGGAUGCAAUCUCAUGGGGUAUCACCCAUUUAUCACUUUCUUGGUGCAAGAAGAACAUGAAUAAUCUGGUUCUAUCACUUGUUCCGAAUUUCACGAUUUUGCAGGUUCUUAUUCUACGACAAGAUACACCAGAGCUUCAGGAUAAUGCUGUAGAGACAAUUGCAAGUUACUGCCAUGACUUGCAAGAACUGGACCUUAGCAAGAGUUUCAGGCUUACAGAUCAGUCAUUGUAUGCCUUAGCACACGGUUGCCUGGAUCUUAUGAAUCUGAAUAUCAGUGGGUGUUCAGCCUUCAGCGAUAUGGCUCUGGCAUAUCUCUCUGGAUUUUGCAGAAAAUUGAAAAUUUUAAAUCUUUGUGGAUGUGUUAAAGCUGCUACCGAUAUUGCAUUGAAGGCCAUUGGAUUCAACUUUAAUCAGUUGCAGUCUUUAAAUCUGGGAUGGUGUGAUCACUUUGGUGAUGAUGGUGUGAAGAGUUUAGCAUAUGGUUGCCCUGAUCUCAGAGCUCUUGACUUGUGCGGCUGUCUUCUUAUAACGGAUGAGAGUGUAAUUGCACUGGCCAACAAUUGCCUUCACCUUAAAUCCCUCGAUCUAUACUACUGUCAGAGCAUCACAGAUAGAGCAAUGUAUUCUCUUGCACAAAGUCAAUUAAAGAACAAGCACGAAACAUGGAACUCUCCGAAGAACAUGGAUGAGGGGCUCACGAAUUUGAACAUCAGCCAGUGCACUGCAUUGACUCCGCCAGCAGUUCAGGCUCUAUGCGACUCAUUUCCUGCCCUCCACACUUGCCCUGGCCGGCAUUCCCUGAUUAUAAGUGGCUGUCUGAACUUGAUGUCCGUUCAUUGUGCCUGUGCUGUCCAAGCACACCGUGCAGCAGUAGUGCUACCUCAUCUAGCUCAUUGAAUAGAGUUUUCGGAAAUCUUGAGAUUUCCUUUUUCGGCUGGCUGUUUGCCUUGAAUGUUUGUUUGCAGUCUAUAACCAAGGGAGAUUUCUGGUUGGUUGUGCAAUCUUUUACUUGUUGAGCCUCAAAAAUGCAUCAUGGGCAACGGUUUGUUUUAAUAUUUCUAUGCCUAUUUGCCUAAAUCUGCUUGAAUUUCUGUAACUGGGAUGUUGCAUAAUUGAAUUUAUAUUCAGCUAGAAUCCGAAGAAGACACAUGCAUCGACUUCUUAUAGUACUUUCAUUAUGCCUUACACUUCAGUAUGGUACUUGCUUUUCUUCAACUUGAGCUAAGAAGAUGAAGGUGAGAGGAAGGAUUAGAG